AUGUUAACUGCCGUUUGCGGUAGUUUACGAAGAAAUUUCAGUGUUAGUAGUAGGUCACUGCUACCAGCAGUUAAGUCUAAGAAGGAGUUAGAUGCUAAGAAAGCCAAGGACAAGAGACUCGAAAGAAGAGAAGCAAAGAGAAGAUUGAAUGCUAAGAAGCCAUCCUACGUAUCUCCUUUAUUUAUGGACAUUUCCAGUGCUCUAAGGUAUCUGAGGGCUGCGGAGGUGGGGAGGCCAGUUGGAGAGGCUUCGAUAUCUCUUCAAACAGCCAUAUUGAGUGAAAGAGGUACCGCACCAUUACAAGGAUCGGUUAGAUUUCCGAAACCUUUAAAAGAGACUCGCAUUUUAUGUCUUUCCUUGGAUCCUGUUAAGAGACAGGAAGCCUUGGAUGCCGGUGCUACUGCUGUUAACGAUACGCUUUUUGUGGAUUCUGUGGCUGAGGGUAAACCGAUCGAUUUGAACUAUGAUAAAUUUAUAGCCACGCCAGAUAUCGAGCCGAUGUUGAGGAAAAUUGCACGUAUAUUGGGUCCUAAAGGUCUUAUGCCUUCUGCUAAAAGAGGUACAGUGACCGAAGAUGUUGGUGAUUUAAUCUCCAGUGCUUUGGGUAGCCAACCUUUUAGAGAGAGAAACAGUAAUGUCUCUCUGACCGUAGCAAGAUGUGAUUUCCUAGACGAAGAUGUCGUCAAGAACAUCGUUGCCACAUCCAAGGCCAUUAAGGACGUCAUUUCCAAGAUAAAGGCAAAAAAGCCUAUUGUUGUUGGUAAUACAGUACUAUCUAGUACUCAUGGUCCUGGUAUAGUCAUUAACUUCUGA